CACUGAUUGUGUUGAGAUCCGCGCGUGCGCAGUCGUGACACUCAGUUCCGUUUGAAUGGCAGAACAAACGGCGAUGUCCAAAUGUCGAACUUUAACGUGGCCGAAAAUGAUUCUAUUCGGCGAUUCCAUCACUCAGUCGUCCUUUCAAAACAACGGAUGGGGUUCAGUCAUUGCCGACAAAUUAGCAAGGAAGUGCGACGUGGUAAACAGAGGCCUGUCGGGCUACAACUCCAGAUGGGGGAAGAUUGUUCUUCCGAGGAUCGUGAAUCAUGACGAGUCCGCAAACAUUGCAGCGGUGACCGUCUUCUUUGGAGCCAACGACUGCGCCCUGCGAGAGAAGAACCCUCAGCAGCAUGUUCCUCUGCACGAGUAUGCCGAGAACCUGAAGGCGAUGAGCAGCUACCUGGCUGCAGCGGGGGUCCCGGUGGGCAAGGUCAUCUUCAUCACUCCUCCCCCCAUCCACGAGGAAGCCUGGGAGAAAGAGUGCACCCUGAAAGGUUGCCCCCUCAAUCGUCUCAACUCUGUGGCGGGCCAGUACGCUCAGGCCUGCGUCCGGGCGGCGGCUCAGUGCGGCGCCGACGUUUUGGACUUGUGGACGCUUAUGCAGAAAGACGGACAGGACUUCACGGUCUACCUGUCGGACGGCCUCCACCUGUCGGACAAAGGCAACCAGUUUGUGACGCGGCACCUUUGGCAGCUGCUGGAGAACAGAGUGGCGCACCUGCCCUUCAUCCUGCCCUACUGGGCGGACGUGGACGCCGGGAUCCCGGAGAACAGCCUGCUGUGCGACCAGUGAAGAAGACGGGACAGACGUUAAGACUGCGAACAUCGUCACAUUUUACACGUACUGAAGACUGACAAACCAUUUAUUUGGAUCACUGCUGCCUCUGGAGACGCCGCCUUUCCCGGGCCGACGGGCUCUGAUCGCUCAGAUCCUCGUAGGAGGAUCUCGUAGCCGACAAGCAGGCUCCUGCGGUUGGGAAGUCGUCGCCCCGGCCCGCCUCCUCGACCGGG